GGCGUGCUAUCUUCCGGUGGUGACACGUGGCGGCACGCAGAUGCCCUUCAGGGAGCUGUUUUGUUUUGGAAAAAGCUGAACUGCGUAGCACGGGGGGUUAAGGGCAUUUAUUACUCACGCUGGGACUUGGUUGUUCUACGAAGCUCCUGGACGCGAUUGCGGUCAGAUUCGUCAAAUGUGGUCGUAAUUGAAAGUCAGAUACGUUUUAGGAAAGUACUACCGGUAAUGUAAUGUGAGUAUGCCCUAAGGCCAGCAGCGUAGGACUGCAAAGACGAAAAGGUCCCACCUCGGUGGUUGGCUCUCGCACGGCGAAUGCCACGUCAUCUUUCUGAUCCGUCCCAAGUGCCACGUCAUCUUUCUGAUCCGUCCCAAGUGCCACGUCAUCUUUCUGAUCCGCCCCUACUGUCAUCGUCAUAAUUUUUUGGUUUUGUUUUCCACUGUCCACAUCAUCUUAUUCGUACUGUUUCCACAUCAUCUUAUCCGUUUUUUUUUUUUUUUUUUCACUUUACUGUCCACAUCAUCUUAUCCGUGCUGUUUUCACGUUAUUUGUCCGUACCGUUUUGCGUCCCAAGUGCCACGGCAUCUUUCUUAUGCGUACCGAAUUGUUGAGGCGGUGAUCGGUCGUAAAGCCGUACCGUUGUUUCUAGCCGCCUGUUUUGCGUCCGGGUCGGGGUCGGGGUUGCGUCGGGGGGGUUGCGUCGGGGGGGUUGGGUCGAGGUUGGGGGGGGGGGGGGGGGGGGGGGGAGGGAGGCAAGGAGGUGGAGGUUCCUCUCUCUCGUUUUGCGAGGUGUCGGGUCUCCUCGGAGGUGAAGACGCACAGAUAUGGAGGACGACUUGGGUCUGCAGAGGAAGAGCAGCAUAGAUGAUGAGGCGACAGGCACUGUAGAGAGAGGAGCUUCUCAAGGGGAGCAGGGGGGCACUGGACAUAGCCAUCGGGAGUGCUCCCCUAUGUCGGAAAAAGGUGGAGAGGCAUCGGUGGCGCAAGUGGUUAGUCAUGAGAGCAGACUGCUGACGACGGGAAGAAAUGGUUUGAACUGCGAUGUUAAUGUCACGGGAAGUAAUGACGAUGCCUCUGUUGCUGGCCGAGCUGUUGGCACGACCAAGCAGAAUGCCGUUCCUGGAUGCGGCGAUGGUGGCGGCGGCGGCUCUCCGUGUGUAUUCCCUCCCCCUCCCGACGAGCGCUCCUAUAAACCCCAGCGAAGAGAGGGUACCGAUCGUCGGAUCAAUGACUGCAUCGCAGGCACAGAUGCGGACACACAGGUGUCUUUUUGGAUGAGAGAUAUGGAGAGAGCAGGGGGUUUAGGUGCGCGAGACGACCUUGGAAGUGCUUUUCCGGUGGCGAUGGAUGCCACGGAUCGCGAAGCUGCUCUGAGAGAUUAUGACGAUGCGGACUAUGAAUAUGCUGGGUCGGUUCUCGGCCCGGAAAACGGCGUGAGAAAACCGGAAUCCCUCAGGAGUGGAAUUGGUUCUGCCGAGCACGACGAGGCUCACGCUGCUCGCUUCAGCAGUCACAGCCGUCUUUCGGAGGUAUUCCACGCCGCAACGGAUCCCGAAUGCUCCUCCCUACUAGUAUCAUCCACUACGCACCACGCUGAACCACACCUUCCGCCCGACUGUCGAAGUGGCAUGAUCGGCGACCGGCGAGGGCUUGGCUAUGGCGGUGAUGGAGCAGAAGCUGUUGUUCCUGAUGGUAAAGAGUAGCCAGGAGGUCUGAAUUGCAAAUUGCACGGAUUUUCAUCCGCCAGGCGUAACACCGAACCUUGCUUUGCACCAGGCAAGGACGGGUGGUAGGCGAGAGCUUGGUUAUCGGCGAGAUGAGGCGGCAGGUUUCAUUCGCGAUAGGAGUGGUGUUUCGUGAUUUAAUCAGGAGGUUCGAACCUUGGCCAUCGGUGAGAUGAAGCAGCGGGUUUCAUUCCUGACAGCGAUGUUUAAUGAUUUAACCAGGGAGGUUCGAGCCUUGGUUAUGGGAGGGAUGAAGCAGCAGGUUGGUUGCGUUCUCGGUAGUGAUGUGUAAUGAUUUAACCAGAGAGGUUUGAACCUUUUUGCCAGGAGGCAACAGCGUUAAUCAGCAGCAAAGUCAACGUUACGCAGAAGGGUUAACGGUGAACCAGAGUGCAGAAGGGACACCAUUAAACAAGACCGCGGAUAUUACGCGGGGGUGGAGGGGGGGGGCAAGCGAAAGUGUGUGAUUUGGCUUUUAGCCGGCCAAGUGCGUGAAUGUCGAAUGGGUCGACCAGGAGAGGUUAGCGGGGACCUGGAGGAUUGAGUGUGAACUUGCAAUUAGGGCAAGGGGGACAAAAAAGGCCACCAUAGGAGUGCUUUAGGAUGGCACAAGAGGAGGUUCAGCUCACAGGUGAAUAUCGGGAGUUGCGAAGCUGCGGAGUUGCAGAGCUGCUGGAAAGUAAGGGUGCUGAGUCUUUUUGUAAGUCAUGGAAGUGGUUGGUUUGAGGUUGGAAUUUCAAGGAGAAAAACGUGCUCUGUCAGUGGAUGGCACAAAGCCUGCUGUCAGUAUGAUGUGCUUGUCGCUCCAGCAUUCCAUAGCGCAUUGCAGCUAUGGGAGUGUGGCUUUGUUUCUUUGCACCUCUCAGAGGCAGAGACCGAUUUCAACUUUCUCAUUGUUCUAAGUGCU